CAAAAUGGCGUCGAGCGGGAAUAAAUAAGCUCUAUAGUUCGUGUUGACCGUUUUUUUCGUACUUUAAGUUGAAUAAUGGCUAAUGUAACGACUUAUCAAUGUCCGACAAAAUCUCCCAAGUAUCUAGUGAAUACUUGUAAUAAAACUUUUACGGAAUUUCGCCUAGAAAUAGCCGAUUUUGAGAAACCGGAUCGAACAAAAUGGCUAACUGUAUUCAGAUUUUUUAUAAAACAUAUUCUUGGUGUUUCCGAUACUUGCAUCGAUACGGUACCCCUUAACUAUACAAACAUUGAAUUUUACGAACAGUUAUAUGUAGGAACGAUGAAUUGGCUAUGGUUUUAUAAGAUAUUGAGAACUGCAUUAGAAGUUUGUAAAGUUGAUCAAUUCACCGUUCAUGAUUUUUUAUUCCUGAAUAGUCCCACGAUAUGCAGAAUUCUCAGUCCGUUAUUGAACUAUUACCUGUUCAAAUCUCAUCAACACAAUAGCAUUACGUACAUACUGGAAAGGCAAGUUGAAUUGAGAGGUGAAAAGGAGAGAACAAUACAAAAAUUAGUUGAAAGAAGAGAUGAGUUGGAGACGCUAAAAACGGAAAAACAUGAAAGAUUAGUGCGUCAAAGAGAAAUAAAGCAAAAGUUGGAAGAGCUGAUUGCAAGGAAGAGAGUUUUAACGAAAGAGAAAAACGACGAAAAAAAUCGUUUACUCAACAUGAAAAAAGAAGUAGAAGAAAUUGGCAGUAAAAACAAAUCUAAAAGUACAAUGGUUAAUAUAACAAAAGAUUCGACUAGAAAAUUACAAAGUAUUAAAAAUUUUAACGUCAAAAACCAUGAAGAAGAAAUGAGAAAAUUGGAGCAUACCAUUGAGGAGAAGAAAGAGGAAAAGACUCGUUUUACGGAAGACAAGCUACAACUUCGCAAUCAAAUGCAAAGAAUUGAGUAUUGUAGCAGUCUUAUUGAUGAACUUUCUUUGGAGGUUGAUAAUUAUGAAAAUCAGCAAAAGAUUGAGGAAACUCUAAAAGAUAAAUUAUUAAAAGUGGAAGCGUCUCUCGUCGAGGCGAGAAGAAGUCUAGAGAAUGAUCAGAGAUCUUUUAACGAAAGUAAACAGAAACUUGAGAUAUCGGAAUCUAAUUGUAUAAAAUUAGAAAGAGAAGUUGAGAAAGUAAAAAGUAAAGCUAGGAAGAUGAUGAGUGAUAAUUUAUCAGCGAGUUCAACGGAAGAAGAUAAAAUUAAAAAAAUUAAAUGUGAAAGUGAAAAAUUAAAGACGGAAAAUCGAGAAACUUGCGAACAAUUGGAAAGAAUACAAAACGAAAUGGAUUUAAUAUCUUCACAAUAUAAUAGAGGAUAUGAAAAACUUAAAAAAGCUUCGAAUGAUUUUAAAGUCGAAAUGAAAGAGAAAGCUAAACAAGCCGCUUACGUUCCAGAUUUUGAUGUAGCUUUACAAAUCGCCGUGAAUGACGACAAGGAAUCUCUUAAAAAGCUUUUUCAACCGAUUUAAAAUUAAUAAUCUUAGUAGUAGUCGGUCUAAAAUAGUUGACAUCUUUUGACCGGAAUAAACUAUGUACGUAUAAUUGUUGAACAUUUAUAUUAUACAAUAUAUAUAUAUACUGCACAUAUAUAUAUAGUAUAUACUGUAUAA